AUGGCCCUCGAACACGCCACAGCCCAACCUGAAGGCAUUCGCUAUCUGAACUCCCGCUCCCUGCCUUUCAUCGGCGCCAUCAUGAGUAUAGCAUUCGAGGUGGCGAUUGAGACUGGCAUUGGCCAGGGCGGAGGUGGAGCUGGUCCCGACGACCUGACCUGGUUUGUGGGAGAGAGAGAUAAGGCGCAGCCCGCCUGCAUGCAAACCCAACAGCCGUACUUUGAGCAAAAAUCCUACCUACUAGAUUGGGACGGCACCUACGACGACAAGGUUCACAACCCUCCAACCGACAUACGGCACGAAGGCGAUGACAACGAAGCCGAGAGAUGA